AUGAAUAAACUGUUCUUGGUCAUAAUAUUUUCUCUAAAAAGUAUAAUAUUAUGGAGUAGUGUUUAUACAAAUAUUUACUCAAUCAAUUGUAAACUUAUUUAUUCUUAUAAUGUAAAGAAUAAGGGAAAAUAUCACUCUUUAGAAACAAAUUUUGUAAAAAAAUUAUAUUUUAUAAGCAAUCGUAUAUAUAAAAAAAUAAAUCAUAGCAAUAAAAAUUAUGUACAGCUAUACAAAAAUGGCUACCCAAAUAAAAAAAAACAACAAUAUAAAAAAAAUAGCUUUUCUAAUCAUUUCCUUUUCAAAAAUAUAACUUUACAAAAUGAUAUUUAUAGAUCAACCAAAACAUUUGCACGUAAAAAAAAAAAUGAAGAACAUUUAGAAAAUGAUGAAAAUCUAAAAAAAAAACUCGAAACAUUUUUAAUAAUAGACGGAUCUUCUCUUUUAUUUAAAAAUUAUUUUGGUAUGCCUUUUUUAAAAAAUGACAACGAUAUUAAUUUAAGUACUAUCUAUGGAUUUACACAAUCCUUAAAUAAAAUUUACAAAUUAUUUUCUCCAUCAUAUGUUGCUAUUAUAUUUGACUCUAAAACAUCAAAUAAAGAAAAAAGAGAAAUAUAUGCUCAAUAUAAAACAUUAAGAAAAAAAAAUCCUGAAGAACUUUAUGAGCAACUAAAACUUGUUAGUGAGUUUUGUGAUAUUAUAGGUAUUAAAACUAUAAUUUCAGAAAAUGUGGAAAGUGAUAAUUAUAUUGCAUGUCUUGUUGAUAAAAUUUAUAAUACCAUUCAAACAAAUAAUGAAUGGGCACCUAGACAUGAUGAAAACGGACUAAUCUCAUUAACCGAUGAUCAAAUAAAAGAAAAUAAUUUUAGAAUAGUUAUUGUUUCGAGUGAUAAAGAUUUAUUACAAUUACUAGAAUAUAAUGACAAUGAUCAUAAUAAUGUUGACAUAUCAGUAUGCCAACCAAAUCGAAAAUAUAGAGUAGUAAAUGCACAAACAUUUAUUCAAGAACAUGAACUUUUUCCCAAUCAAUAUAGUGAUUAUUUAAUUUUAGCUGGAGAUAAAACUGAUGGAUUAUCUGGUAUACCAAAUAUUGGUGAUAAAACUAGUAAAUAUUUAUUAAAAGAAUAUUAUAGUAUUGAUAAUAUUUUAAAAAAUAUACAAAAUUUACCACCGAAAUUACAAGCAAUAUUUAUUAACAAUAUAGAAAAUAUUAACAUGUUCAGAAAACUUAUUAAACUUAAAUGUGAAACUAACCAAUCUAUAAAUUUAAGUGAUUACAAACAUGGUAAUAUCAAAAAUUUCGAAUUAUUUCAAAAUAUUGUAGAUAAAUAUUCUCUUCAUAAGUUACUCAAAAAAACUGUUAUAUUAAAUUAUCCCUUUUAA